CUACAUCGUGCAUCAUCACGAUGGCGGCGUUUUCGUUACUUGAAAGGUGGACGUUAUCAGACAGCGUGACUGAGCUCUAGAAAUGUCUUGAUUUGACCGCUAAUGCAAAACUUUACGAGUAGUCGGGGCGAUGCACCAAUCAUUUUACGAUGGUUUGACCUUCAAGUGCACAGCAACCCCUGACAGAAGACGAUACUCCUAAAGCGCUGCCUUUCAACUCUUUGUGGCGUCACACCACUUUGAUGAGUGUAGGUAGGUGGCUAUCUGUCAUCGCCUCGAUAAAAACAACACAAUAUUCACCUUCGGGAUUAUCAAGGCACCUAAAAUAUAUUCUGAAACAGUAGCUAUAGCUACCAAAUGUAAUACAGCAAUUCCCGUAUGGUUUGUGCCAGCCAAGCCCAUUUUUUCACUAUACAAUUGUAUAGUGAGACACUUAAGUGUCUCAUAUCCCAUGUGUUCAUAGAAAUCCGUAAAUAACCUCGAUGUCAAAGAUGAUAGUUGUUUAUACACAGUGAACGACUGGGUGAUCUCAUAUUCACCCAGGUUGCAACCUGGGCUGCACUUAUAAAGUAGCUACACCAACUAGUUUGUGUUCGUAACCAUUUACCCUGUUAGUUUCUUGGGGGUGAUCUAAUAUUUUCAACACUCAGCACCUAAGUUUGUUUUUUCUCUAAUGUCCACAUACACCGAUCGAAAGAAUGUUUCUUUUCAGUUACCGAUAUUACUCCACCGUGGAAAUUCCUUUUACGAAGCUAGUUGAGAACAUUCUAUCCAACUGAGUUUGAAAAUCUAUGUUGACAUUAAGUUUAGAUGCGUGUCUGUCAGCAUUUGAUGAGGAACCAGGGGAGUACUACAUAGUUGGUUUUAAAGGUUCAUGCUACUAUUAUCAUUAUGGUGCUCAAGGUGUGAAUGACCAAGGCUGGGGCUGUGGCUACAGAACACUGCAAACCACUUUAUCUUGGUACAAGCUUACGAAAUCCUGUCCUUUCGAUGUACCUACUUUACUUGAAGUUCAAAAUAUAUUGCAUGAAAUUGGGGACAAGCCUAGAGCUUUUGUAGGCUCUCAUGAUUGGAUUGGAACAUACGAAUGUGGAUUAGUAAUACAAUACGUGACAAAGCAUGAUUUUAAGAUAAUACGUGUGGAAAAUGGCCUUUUUACGGAGGAAAUCAUCAAAUUGCUUGUUGAUCAUUUUCAAGCACACGGAUCACCAGUCAUGCUCGGAGGACACGACGACAGUUCAUCAAAAGGAAUCAUUGCAGUAAAAACGUUUCCUGAUCAGCCAACAAUGUUGCUAAUUUGUGAUCCCCACUGUUUUGAAAUACAUGGCAGCCCAACUAUCGCUAAAUUGUGCAAGGGAAAGUGGUUACGAUGGUGCAGAGUUACUGAAUUGUCAGAAAGACACUUUUAUAAUUUGUGUUUGCCUUUAUGAACAAAUACAUUUAUUUUAUAAGACGGA